AUGCACUUAAGUAAUUAUUUAUAAACUCUUCAAAAAAAGUUAUUUUAAAGUCUAGAUACAAAUAAAAAGAAAGUGGAAAUUGAAAACAAGGAAUUUAUUCAAAUAUAAUCUUGUGCAAUCAUCAAAGACUUAUUUAAUUCUUAAUAAGGAGAUUCAAUUGGUUAUGUAUUUUAUCUGAAUAUGUAAAUCAUAAUUACCUAAAGUGAUAAAGAUCACAUAGGCUGUCAAAAAUUAAUAGUUUCUAAGAAAAAUAAUUUCUUUUUUCAAUUCUAUAAGAAAUUUAAUAUUUUAUUUUAAUAAGAAUUAUUUUAUAAUAAAGGUUAAAAGUUUUGUUUUCAUUAUGAAAAAUAAUUUAUAUACUUUUUUUCUAAUAAAUAUUUUACAAUAAGUUUAAUUUAAUAAUUAGUUUAUUAAUCUGAUUUCUUAAUAUAUUUUAGUAAUAAAGAAAAUACGUUGAUAAAGGUAGAAAUAUUAAAUUCUAGUCAUAAAUUUGGUAAAUCGUUAAUCCUAUUUAAAACUGUUAAACCAAUUUCAAUCAAAAUCAUAUAGAAUGAAAAGCUAUUUCUUGGAUAUUCAAAUGGACAAAUUAAAUAAUAUUCUUUAAAGUCAAAUCAAUUAAUAAAUAAUUAUCAAAUAAAACAAGAAAACUCCAUUCAGAUGAUAUUUUCUUCAAUUAUUUUUAGAAAAUAAUUUUGUUUAGGAAUAAUAUAGAACAGAAUUUUAAAAUUAAACUAUUUAAGUAAAUAAACAGAAAAUUUCUUAAAUGCUACAUAAAAUAUUAGUUAGUUUUCUUAUUAUUAUGAUUCACAAGAGAAUAUAUAUAUAAUUCAUGCUCUUUUAGAAAAUAAUGUAAUAUUUAUUAUAAAAUUAGAAAAUCUAUAAAUCAAAGAUGAUUAAUGGAAAGGAAAUUGAUGGAAAGGUACGAUCUUUAUAAUAAAAAAUAACUAGUAUUACCUUUUCAAGCAAAACUCUUUAGUUUAUAUAUGGUUGCCAAAAUGGCUACAUAAAUGGAUAUUAAAUCAGGUAAAUUUGAAUAAUAAUUAUUUAUACAUAAAUAAUUAAAAAUGCUAAAAUUAAUUACAUUAAUAUUAGAGCUUUUUCUUGUUUUAGAAUGCUUGA